AUGAAACCGACAAAAACCUUGAGAGAGAGAAGAGAGAUUCUACUUAUCUUGAUGAAUCCUUAUCACUAUCCUCCUAAUUAUCCACCACCUCCACCAGGAUAUCAUGGACAGCCACCACCUCCUCUCUUUGCAAAGCCACCUCCUCAUCUCUUCCCACAUCCCGGGAUGAUACCUCCAGGGAUGUUUCCUCACAAUCAACCAAAUAUACCUCCAGGUGUCAUGUUGAUGCCUCCCUAUCACAAGAUGGCACCAUCCCCUCCACCAUCCAACAUGACAUCUCCACCCCCGGGUGUUACAACUACAGUUACACCUCAUACUACCAUUGUACAGCAACAUCAUCCAACCUCAAAAAACAGCACAUACUAUUAUCAUCAUCAUCAUCCUUCCCCUCCACAGCAAUCUCAUAGACCUCCUUUUCCUACUCCUUUACAUCCAUCAGAUCGUGAUCGUGAUCGCGACCGUGACCGCGACCGUGAUCGCGAUCGUGAACGUGAACGUCCACCAGCAUCAUCAACUAUAUCUUCUACAGCAACUGCACCGUCUUCAUCAUCUACAUCAUCAUUGUCAAAACCAACAGCCUAUGUAGGAAGAAUACCAGAAUCUGUUGAAGAUGAAUUUAUCAAAAAACUAUUAGAGAUGUGUGGAAAGGUUGUAAAGUGGACAAGAGCAUCGGACCCAAAUGGAAAGUUAAAGGGAUUUGGAUUUUGUGAAUAUGAGACACCAGAGGGAGUGUUGAGAGCACUCAGACUGCUUGCCGAUCGUCAAAUCAUCAACCGAGAAAAGUGUCUCAUGAUCAAGGUUGACGACAAGGUUCGAAAGUAUCUCGAUGAAUACGUCGAGGGCAGAAACAAGGGCCAGUCGGGAAGUGCAAGCGACCAAUCGGAACAAGCCAAAGAAACGGAAAAGACAGAGGACGAUAGCGCACAGACCGAGAUUGAAGCACUCAUACAAACGAUUCAAAAAGAGAACGACGUGGCUGCAAUGAAUGCUCCACUGGUCGAGAUUGACCCACUCGAGGCCAAGGCCAACGAGACCAACCUCAGACUACUCACACGCGACGAAAAAUUAAAGUUGGCUGCACGCGAAAAGGAAAGAGAAAUGGACCGCGAAAGAGACAGAGAACAGAGACGCAAGGAACGAACAGAGCGAGAAUUUAGAGAAAAGGAACGCGAUUGGGAGAAUAGAGAACGCGAUCGCGAACGUGACCGAGAACGAGAAAGAGAGCGUGAUCGCGAAAGAGACAAAAACGAAGCCAUUGCACGAAAACAAGAACUGGACGAGUACUCUGAUGACGACGAUCGCAUGCGUAAUCGAUUGCGCUCAAGAGACGAGGUUCGCAGAAGACAAAGAGAAAAAGAUGACGACAAAAAGGAACGUGAAAAGGAACGUGAACACGAGGAACAAAUUCGCAGAGAACAAACACUUACCGUCGAGACUAUAAACAAGAUUCAAUUAGAGUUUUCGAGUGAUGAGCCUUCAGAGGCUGAACAAAAGAAAAAACUUCAAUUCAUCCCUCUUGACUAUAGUGAAAUCAAUGUAACAUUUACAAAUAAUCAAAUUACUGUUAGUCAUGGAAAGAAACCAACAAAUAGUAUAAUACAACCAUUACAACCAGUAUCACAAAUCUUAUCCUCUUCAUCAAAUACCAUACAACCACAACAACAAGAAAAGAUACCAUUGACAAAAGAAGAGAUACAAAAAAUUAUUGAUAGUAUACCAUCAAACAAGGAGGAAUUAUUGGAAAUUCAAAUGAAUUGGGAGAUUAUCGAUCAACUAUCAUUGAUAGACAACAAAUUAAAACCUUGGAUUGCAAAGAAAUUGACAGAACUUUUGGGUGUCGAAGAGGAGAUUCUAAUCAAUCAUUCAAUUAAAGGAAAUGAUUGA